UUUCAGGAACCAUGGUGAAGACCAUUAAGGAACACCUGGAGGAUACUUUUGAGGAUCUGGGGGAGGAAAAGCUAAAAAGGUUUAAAAGCAAACUGCGCGAUCGCAAGCCUGAAAAUGAUAAACUAAUUGUACGACAAGCUGCAAUCGACAAAAUUAAAGACGCUCUAGAUCUCGCCGAUGUAAUGGUGAACACUUUCACAUCGACAGGCGCUGUUCCUGUAACAAUCGAACUUUUAACGGCUAUUAGAGAAAAUAAAUUGGCAGAGGAGCUCAGAGAGAACACGAGAGACGUAGCUCCAGUUGGUCCUCCUGGCCCGAGGGCUCCAUCUGAUGGCUUGAAGGUUAGGCAACCACAGUCAGAUGAUUGGCAGAGAGAAUCGCAGGUUACUCCGUGCAGCCAACCAUUUAAAAAGAAAAUACUUGAAGAAAAUGGGCAAGAGAUUUAUGAAGCAAAAGACAAGCUUGAAAGAACGCGUCUUGCCCUGCUUAUCAACAACAGAGAUUUUGAUGAUAAGGCUAUGACCAGGAGAGGGGCAGAGAGAGAUGAAGAGAACAUGGAAUGGCUGUUAAAGGAGCUGGAUUAUCAAGUUGUCAAGUACACCAAUGUCUCUGCAGAGGACAUGAAGAAAGCAGUCGAGAACUUUGCACGGCGUGAGGAACAUGCACGUUCAGACAGCACCUUUGUGGUUAUAAUGUCCCACGGAAAGAGGAAUACCAUUUUGGGUGUCCAUUAUCAUACAAUAGACAACCCCUCUGAUACUUUCCCUGUUGAUGAUAUCUACCGUCAUCUGAACUCUAAGAAUUGUCCGGCUCUGCGUAAUAAACCAAAGGUUAUUCUUAUCCAAGCCUGCAGGGGAGGGGAGCAUGGCCGCGUGUGGGCCAGUGACGGGGAGCCUGAUGAGCCAGUGGAAAUAGAGGGCGAUGACUUUGUGCACAAGGAGAAAGACUUCAUUUCUCUGAUGUCCUGUACCCCGGAAACCAAAUCUUACAGGCAUGUGCAGAAUGGAACUUUUUAUGUGCAAUACAUAGUGGAUGUGUUCACGAAAGAUGCACACAAGGAUCACAUUGAGGAAUUAUUCAGGAAGGUUAUUAAACGUUUUGACAGUUCAGAUAUGCCCGGGAGCUUCAGGCAAAUGGCAUGUAAAGACAGAGCAUCGAUGGCAAAGUUGUUCUACCUGUUCCCUGGACUCUGAUUGUACAUGCAUUUCUCUCCUCGUCUGUGAAUUCUUUAGACCCUUUAUGUGCCUUUGCAUCUCCAGCAAAUCCAAAAAAGUCUUUCCAGAUGUCUGAAAAAAUAGUUCUUUAAAAAAAAAGAAAAACCUUAAUUAAACAACUUUUUCAAUUUACAAAGGAAUUUACUUAAAUGUUUUAGCUGCAUUUCCUCUGAGGAGAAAACCUGUAAUACAUAAUAAUUCGCAAAUGUAUUUUCACACAAACAAUACUUUAUCUUGUAAAUAAAGGUAACCUACUGUAU